AUGAUUAAGCAAUAUAUAUUGGCGAUUUAUUUUAUAUUAGGACUUACAGUUGGUUUGAUAAUUUCGUACAUAGCAGCAAACUUUGGAAAUAUAGUUCUGGACCCGACAAUAAGAAACAAGCUCAGACGUUCAGAAGUUGGACAAGCAGCACGUUUUUCGUUACACAAUGGCACACGUUCUCGAAUAUCUUUCCGAAAUCCACAAUCUCACGAAGAGAUUGAUUCUAUCAAAGGACCAGAAAGGCCAUUUUCAUUUAAUGAUGGACAUCGUCACCAUGAUAACAUCACUUCAGCAGAGACACUAUAUAAGACAGUGCGUGUACUUUGCUGGAUCAUGACUAGUCCACAGAAUCUGAAAAGUAAGGCUCAACAUGUCAGGGCCACCUGGGCAAAACGCUGCAAUAUCAUUAUCUUCAUUAGCUCUGAAACAAAUAAUGAUUUCCCAACUGUGGGGGUUAAUACAACUGAAGGCAGGGAACAUUUAACUGCUAAAACAAUGCAGUCAUUCAAAUACUGCUGGGAUAACUAUAAGGACCAAGCUGAUUGGUUCCUCAAAGCUGAUGAUGAUACGUUCGUCAUUGUAGAAAACCUAAGAUAUUUACUAUCAGCUUAUAAACGGACAGAUCCUAUAUUCUUUGGACAUAAGUUUAAAACAAAUGUAAAACAGGGUUAUUUCAGCGGUGGUGGAGGUUAUGUGUUAUCUCACGAAGCCUUAAAACGAUUUGCUGAGAAAGGAUUGCAAAAUGCAACACAUUGUCCUCCAGAUGGUGGCUCAGAAGAUGUACAGAUGGGAAGGUGCAUGGAGUAUCUGGGGGUCGUCGCGGGAGAUUCAAGAGAUGCUAUGGGACGUAGUCGCUUCCAUUGUUUCACUCCUCAAGAUCAUCUCAAUGGUUUCUACCCUGAUUGGUACUAUAAAUACGAUGCUUAUGGAGCUAAGGAUGGUCCAGGAAACAUGAGCGACUAUGCGAUUUCAUUCCACUAUGUUGACCCGAAAAUGAUGUACCAUUUAGAAUUCUUCACGUAUCACCUGCGUCCAUAUGGCAUCAUCACUGGCAGCCAGGACCUCAAUGCCAAAACAAGUCUGAAGAUUGACAAUCCGAUUCAUGAGACUUAAUAACAAUACUCUGAGUGCACAGGGUCAUCUGGUCAUGGCCAGGAUCAAUGAAUAGCCAAGGAAACGUCUAUAUAGGUCACGUACGAAUUCAGUGAACUGCAGUUUGAAGGCAAUUUGACGCAGUGACGAGGCUCUUACCUGGGUAUACAAAACAUUUGAAAGCUCGUGAAUAUUCGGAAAGUAUUUAAUUGUCAUGAAGUAUAUUAUAUCAUCCAGAAAAGGUUUUAUUUCAUAUUGAAAGAAAACUUUGGUUGUAAACAUUUUUAUAUAUUAGAUAUUUUUUCAUGUUU